AUGGUGCUGUUCUUCACCUCCAAGGUCGUGGAUCCUCCUGUGACCAUCUACAUGGGCAGAGAUAAGGUGGAAAAUGAAGAACUCCUCAAGUACGGCUUACCUACUGAUAUCUGGUUCCAUGUCGAUAAGCUAUCAUCAGCCCACGUCUAUCUCAGGCAGACCGAGGAGCAGCCGCAUGGCGAGUGGGAUAAGCUGCCGGUCUCGGUCUUGAACGAUGCGGCGCAGCUGGUCAAGGCGAAUAGUAUAGAGGGUGAGUACAGGGCGCUGACUGGUCAGAUCAUCUACACCCCCUUUCCCAACCUGAAGAAAACAGGCGAUAUGGCAACCGGUCAAGUCUCCUUUCACUCAGAUAAGAAGGUCAAGCGGGUACACGUAUCAACGCGCGACAAUGCCAUAGUCAACCGGCUCAACAAGACCAAAGUGGAGAAAGAGGUACACCACGAGGCGGAACGGCAAGAUCGGCUCAAGGCGGAGGGGCGGAAAAAGAAGGCUGCGGCGGAGGAGAGGCGGCUACAAGAGCUCGAGCAGAAGAAGGCGUGGGAAGAAGGGAAGAAGCAAAGGAGCUAUGAGGGGAUAUACACCGAGGAGAGCUUUGCGCAGCGGGAAGAAUGGAGCGAUGACGAUUUUAUGUGA